AUGGCAGAUAGUUCAGUAUCAUUUUUAUUGGACAAGCUAAGUUCCUUACUUCAAGAAGAAGUGAAUUUACAAAGAGGGGUCCGUGAAGAUGUUCAACACAUCAAAGAUGAACUGGAACGCCACAAAGCCAUCUUGAUGAAAGCGGAUUCAAUGGAAGACAAGGACCCUGAACUGAAAGUAUGGGUUAAAAGGGUAAGAGAGAUUGCUGAAGACAUGGAAGAUGCUAUAGAUGAAUACAGUAUUCGCCUUGUUGAUCAUCAACAAGGAAACAAAUAUCAACAAGGAAACAAAUAUUCUUUUAUCCAUAGGAUGGUUUUUGGCCUCAAGACCCUGGGAGCUAGGCGCAGAAUUGCGUCAGAUAUACAAGGAAUCAAAUCCAAAGUUGAAGUUCUCUCUAAUGAACGUCCAAUCAUAUCUGGUGUAGGUUCAGGCUCAAGUCAAAGGCUUUCAUCGAGGCUUGAUAGUCAAGGUGAUGCUCUUUUGUUAGAGGAAGCUGAUUUAGUUGGAAUUGAACAACCAAAGAAGCAAGUGUGUGAUUUGCUUUUCAAAGAUGAAUCAAAUAGAGCUGUGAUUUCAAUCUAUGGUAUGGGAGGAUUAGGGAAAACAACAUUGGCAAAACAAGUCUAUGAUGAUCCAAAAGUCAAGAAACGUUUCAGGAUUCAUGCUUGGGUUAAUCUCUCUCAAUCUUACAAGAUGGAAGAGUUACUCAAAUACCUUUUUCAACAGCUUCAUAGUGUCAUUGGCAAACCAGUUCCAGAAGCAGUCGGAACGAUGAAAAUCGAAAAGGUGAAAGAGUCUAUCAAGAACUUGCUCCAAGGAAGUAGGUAUCUAAUUGUGCUCGAUAAUGUGUGGCAUGUGAAUGUAUGGGAUGCUGUGAGGCUUGCUUUGCCUAAUAACAACCGCGGAAGUAGAGUGAUGAUUACCACGCGCAACAGAGAUAUAGCAUCGUAUUCUUGUGCUGGAUUUGGUAAGAAUUUUCACCUUGAAUUCUUACCUGAGCAAGAAGCUUGGUCACUUUUUUGUAGGAAGACAUUUCAAGGUAACUCGUGUCCGCCUCAUCUUGAAGAAGUUUGUAGGAAGAUCUUGAAAUUGUGUGGAGGGUUGCCGCUAGCAAUUGUGGCAGUCAGUGGUGCUUUGGCUACUCGAGGAACGUCAAACAUCGAAGAGUGGCAGAUAGUUUGCAGAAGUUUUGGAUCUGAAAUUGAUGGCAAUGACAAACUGGAGGAUAUGAAGAAAGUACUUUCGUUAAGUUUCAACGAGUUGCCUUACUAUCUUAAAUCAUGUCUGUUGUAUUUAAGCAUGUUUCCUGGACGCCAUGCUAUCGAGCAUAUGAGAUUGAUUCGGUUGUGGAUAGCUGAAGGGUUUGUAAAUGGCGAAGAUGGUAAGACACUAGAGGAAGUUGCAGAUAGUUACCUUAAGGAGCUUUUGAACAGAAGUUUUCUCCAUGUGGUAGAAAAAACUAGUGAUGGAAGGAUGAAGACUUGUCGCAUGCAUGAUCUUCUAAGAGAAAUUGUCAGUUUCAAGUCAAAGGAUCAGAACUUUGCAACAAUAGCAGGAGAUCAAGAAUUGGUAUGGCCGGAACGAGUUCGUCGUUUAUCGGUCAUAAAUUCGUCAUAUGAUGUACUUAGACAGAAUAAGACCAGAUUCAAACUUAGGUCUCUGCUAAUGUUUGCAUUUCCAGACUCACUCAAUCUUUUCUCUCUCCAUGAAUUAUGCUCCUACACUGGUGUUAAGUUACUCAGGGUGUUAGAUUUGAAGGACUCGCCUUUGGAGGAUUUUCCUGCUGAAAUUGUCAAUCUUUACCUUCUGAAGUAUCUAAGUUUGAAGAAUACAAAGGUGAAAAGCAUUCCAGGUUCCAUUAAGAAGCUGCAAAACUUGGAGACAUUGAAUCUUAAACACACUUAUGUCACUGAAUUGCCUGUUGAAAUUGCGGAGCUGAAACGACUACGCCAUCUCCUCGUGUAUCGUUACGAGAUUGAAUCCUAUGCUCAUUUCCACCUAAGGCAUGGAUUCAAAGUGGCUGCACCUAUAGGAAACAUGUUAUCUUUACAAAAGCUUUGUUUCAUAGAGGUAGAUCAAGGAAGUGGAGCAUUGAUGGUUGAGCUUGGAAAACUCACUCAACUUAGGAGGCUAGGCAUUAGAAAAAUGAGGAAAGAAGACGGUCCCGCUUUGUGUUCAGCUAUUGAGAAAAUGAUCCAUCUUAGAUCAUUGUCCAUAACUGCAAUAAACGAAGACGAGAUAAUCGAUAUUCACAACAUCUCAAAGCCUCCUCAGUAUCUUCAGCAGCUAUACUUGAGCGGUCGUUUAGAGAAGUUUCCACAAUGGAUAAACUCUCUCAAGAACUUGUUCCGAGUUUUCUUAAAAUGGAGCAGGUUAAAGGAGGACCCUCUUCAGUAUCUUCAAAACUUGCCAAAUCUUCGACAUCUCGAGUUUCUUCAAGUGUACAUUGGCGAGACAUUGCAUUUCAAAGCAGACGGGUUUCCAAAUCUAAAAGUUUUAGGCCUCGACGAUUUAAAAGGACUGAACUCUAUGACAAUCGAGGAGGGAGCAAUGCAAGGUCUUAAGAAGUUGGUCAUCCAACGCUGCGGUUCAUUCAAGAUUGUACCAUUAGGCAUUGAACACUUAACUAAGCUAAAAACAAUCGAGUUCUUUGAUAUGCCCGAUGAAUUGAUUACGGCUCUUCGUCCAAACGGAGGGGAAGAUUACUGGAGAGUACAACAUGUUCCAACGGUUUAUUCGACAUACUGGAGGGAUGGUGGUUGGGAUGUUUAUUCAUUAGAGACUUUUGGGGAGAGAGUGACUGAUUCCAAUCAUAGUACUGCAAAGAGGACUCUUGAGCCUCCUACUCUUUGGAAGGUUUAACAUUUUAUAUCUAUUUAUGCUGAUUUAUUUAUUCUUUUAACACACUGCGUAUAUGGCAGUGAUGGAAAAUUGUUCUUAAGUUUAAGUUUAUGUUAAGUUUCAUCCAAAUAAAUCAGGGAGCAUAAUCUGUUUUGUGUACUCUUUGAAAUUAAAGAAUAAAAAUGUAUGUUCAAUUUA